AUGGAGCAACAACUCCUGUCGCUCCUGGCAGACACCCAGGCAGCCAAGUCUGAUACUAGGAAAUCCGCAGAGCUGCAGCUAAAGAGCCUCUACGCCCACGAAUCGUUCCCCAGCUCACUCACAGCAAUCGCUUCACACGCCUCGGUCCCCGUCAACCUGCGCCAGUCCGCCCUCUCUGUACUCCGUACCUUCAUUUCCGCCGCCUGGUCACCAAUCCUGGAUGAUUUCAAGGGCCAGGUCCUCAUCAACGAUGCCAACAAGGCCAACGUCCGCCAGGCCCUACUCGUGCUUGCGACCAGCGAUAUCCCCGAGCGCAAAGUGAAGAACUCUGCUAGCUAUGCCGUGAGCAAGAUCGCCAGUGCAGACUUUCCAGACGAUUGGCCCCAGCUGCUCCCGUCCUUGCUGCACAUCAUCAAUGAUGCUACCAGUACCGAUGGCCAAUUGCAUGGUGCGCUGAAGGUUUUGUUGGAUCUGGUCGAUACGGGUUUCAGCGAAGAGCAGUUCUUCAAUGUCGCUCGUGAGCUCGUCUCGUCCCUGUUCGCUGUCGCAACUUCCGAGUCGAGGCGGCCCAUGCUGCGCGCUUUGGCUGUGGCAGUCUUCCGAUCUUGUUUUGAUACAUUGGAAAUGGUUUUGGAACAACAUAAGACGGCUAUCAAGCAAUUUAUGGACGAAGUCCUUGGUGCUUGGUCACCUUUCUUUGAUGUCACUUUGAAGGCGCCACUCCCACAACCACCCUCCGCUGAAGAGGAGCAUAAACAGGGAGAAAUUGCAUCCCAGUGGCGUGGCGUGGUUGGAUUAAAGUUGCAAGUGGUCAAGACUCUGAUGAAAAUUCGCAACGUCUUCCCUGCUUUGUUGACAUCGCAAAGCACCCUUUUCUUCUCCACUGUCUGGGCCGAACUCACCAACGCAUUGCCGGUUUACCAGAGCUUCUACAUUGAGCAGGAGAGGCAGGGUCGCCUGGAAGAUGGAGAUGGCCUUCCCCACUCCCUGGAUUUCCUCGUUUUGGAAGAGCUUGAUAUCAUUCAAGCCCUGCUCAAGGCUCCCCCAGUCAAGGCCGAGCUGCACCAGCAAUUACAGAAUGCGGGUGCAGGCGCUAGCGCAUCCAGCUGGCUUCCAGAAAUCAUGAAACUUGCCAGUUCCUACGCCCAAAUUUCAACAGAAGAGGAGGGUCUAUGGGAAAUGGAUGUGAAUCUCUUCCUCUCCGAGGAAACCUCUGUCACGGCCAAUUACACUCCUCGAACUUGCAGUGGAGAUCUGGUUAUCAAAACUGGCGAGUGGUUGAAGACGACAGCAGCAGAAGCUCUUCUGACUCAUAUGAACACUCUCUUCGCUGAUGCGUCUGUCUCAUGGAAAUUGCGGGAAGCCGCCUUGUACAUUCUGAACAACCUGCUCCGCGACUUCGGAGAGGUUGAUGUCGAAAUCUCCUCUGAACUGGCAUCUCACUUCGCACAGUUCGUGCAAUAUGCCACCCAGCAAGAGCAGGAACUCCUCCGUGCCCGUGGUUACCUCGUUGCAGGUGCUUUAUCCAAGGUUGCCGGUGAAAGCUUCAGCCAGACCACUACUUCUUACCUAGAGGCCACCCUAAAAGCAAUCAACGAAGAUCCUGCCGAAGUGGUCCAAGUGGCCUGCAUCCGAGUGCUGCAAGAUCUGGUUCCCGCGUUGCCGACCAGCCUGGCGCGUCCCUUCCAGCCGGCUGUAAUUGCGGCCAUCUCCGAGUUCAUUGCCGCACACGACCUGCGAGAACAAACCGAGGCAGAUGACCUUAAGGUCACACUCGCCGAAACUCUCCGCGACACUAUUAUGGCCGAUUCAUCGGUGGUGCUUUCAUCGGCUGCCAUUGAUGUGCUGUUCAACAUUGCUAGCAGUGGAGCUGACAACUUCCAGCUAACGCUGACUGUCACUGAGGCAUUUGAAGACAUUGUAGACCAGAUCACCGAUCUCGGUGCGGAGGCUUACAUGCGCCUCUGUGAAAAGGUGCUUCCAUCCUUGAUGGGCGCCAUUGACGUGGGCAAUCUGACGGAUGAGAACGCCCUGACCAAUUUCGCCGCCGAUCUCCUGCGUGCGUUGGCCGAGCGUAGCCCCGAACCUAUGCCUGCUGGAUUUGUGGAGACUGUGAUGCCCAAGCUGAAUCGACUGCUCCUUGGAUCUGACGAGGCGGAGCUGAUUCGCCCGGCCACCGAGGCAGUGCGCCACAUGCUCUCUCACGACUUCGCCCAAUUUGUCGUCUGGCGGGAUCCCGAAACCGGCAAGGAGGCCCUGGAAGUGGUGCUGAUCAUCAUUGACCGUCUCCUGGGUCCUGCCGUUGACGACAACGCCGCCACCGAAGUUGGUCAGCUCGCCGCCGAGUUGGUUGAGAAAGCCGGCUCCGAGCGCCUCGGUCCUUACCUCCCGCAGCUUCUCCAGGCCGUGGCUCAACGACUGGCCACCGCCCAGCAAGCCCAAUUUAUCCAGAGUCUCAUCCUGGUCUUUGCGCGCCUGACUCUCAUCAGCGCCCGUGAGGUUGUCGACUUCCUCGCUCAGGUCAAUUUGCAGGGACAGAGCGGCCUCGCCGUGGUCCUGAGCAAGUGGCUGGAGAACUCGGUCAACUUUGCCGGCUACGACGAGAUCAAACAAAACAUCUUCGCUCUGGCGCGUCUCUACGAGCUUGCCGACCCGCGUGUGGCCGAAGUUCCGGUGAAGGGCGACCUUAUCAUCCAAGACACCGGUCGCAUCAAGACCCGGUCGCAGGCCCGCACGAACCCUGACCAGUACACCACCGUGCCUGCCCCCUUGAAGAUCAUCAAGGUGCUCGUGGAAGAGCUGGGCGCCGCCUCGGGAAAUAAAGAGAUGGAAGCGGCGGCACUCGACGACGCCGAUAGCGACGACGGCGACGACGACUGGGAAGACAUGCCUGGCCACACUUUGGACUUGGGUAUUGGUGCUACGAAACAAGGAUUGAUGGGUUGGAGCGAGGGUGGCUCGGAGAGUGUCUUUGGAGUACGUCGUCGCGACGAUGAAACGCAGGGUUACUUGGCAGAGUUCUUCCGACAGGCGUCGACGCAGCCUGGAUUCCGGGAAUUGUACGCGGCGCUGACCCCGGAUGAGCAGGUCAAGCUGCAGAGUCUGUAA